AUGAUCUUAGGUAAAAGCACAAUUGUUGUUCUUGGCGUACUCGUUGUCUCGUGCAUUGCCUCGUCAUUAAAUAGACUUUCGGAGUACGGCACUUACCUAAAUCCAAAUCCACGUAAAACAUCCAAAUGCAACUCAAAUGAUCUAGUCAAAUUAUCUUCUUGUUGUAAUGAUGUUUUAUCAAAGUUGGAUGAAUGUAAACCCAACGACUUGGCUUGUGAGUGCUGUGCUUUGCAGAGCAUCGACCAAGAAUGUUACCAUUUGUGUCCCGGGAACCCAAAUACAAAUUUUCUAACCGUCCUAUUACUGGACUGUGCUGCAAUGAGUAAUGUAAAUGCUUGUGCUAUACCAUUUAAAAAAGAAGAUCCUGAACCUCCUAGAAGAAGCAUAAUAAAGUCUCACGAGAAUGAUGAUCCAAGACUAAACGACUCCAAUAUCGAUGCGUCUUUGCAAAGCAAAAUCUACAAUGGAGAUUCGUUAGCUGAAAGACCAUUUAAAAAUAAAAAGAUUAAAUUAUUGCUCAACGAGGAAGAGUCAAAUAUUAAUGAUGAACAACAACAACAACAACAGCAGCAGCAGCAGCAGCAACAAGAACAAGAAGAAAAUUCUUUCGCUAAAACUAUUCAUUUAGUCAAUGGCCCGGCUAAAAAUUACUCAAAUAAUUCUUUUGCAAACUUUACUGAGCUUGCAAAUAUGUCAUACUCAAUAAACGGCUUUGGCUUGGAAUUUUGGUUGAAGCUCGUACUUGGAGCAUACAUUGUCAUUUUUACCUAUUAG